AUGAUAAGUAUUCGGCCUCGCAUCAGUAAUGCCUGGCGGGGAAAGGCAGGCCAGCUUUGGACGCCGACCUCGACCUCGCCGACCCGAGCUUCAAUGCUCGGAGACUACAGUCAACAAUUCUCCGGUUUUUCCGGCCAGCGAGCACCUGUCACAUAUAAGAACGGGGCAAUCCCAGUGAAUCUAUUCAAAAGUCAGAGCAAUCAAUUCGGUUUGCCCAGAGCACCAAGCUCAUAUCGACCUACACGCUAUACGCGGCCUUUGCCACUCAACCCCUUUCAGAAUCAUACCGAACAUCGAACUUCAUACAUCACCAUGACUAGUCCAUCAGGAGAGCCAACGAUACACGACAUCUUCGAAAGCAAGACAGGCACAUGGCAGUAUGUGGUUGCCGAUCCAUCGACCCUAGCUGCAGUCAUUAUCGACCCAGUAUUGGACUACGAUGCGGCCACCAAUUCUGUGGCCACCACGGCAGCGGAUGCACUGCUGGCAUUGGUUCGGGAUAAGGGCUACACUGUCGAGAAAAUUCUCGAAACACAUGUUCAUGCGGACCAUCUCACUGCAGCGUCGUAUCUCCAAAACCGCCUGGCUGAGCUGCAAGGCCAUUCACCAUCCAUCGGCAUUGGGAAGCGCAUCGAGCAAGUGCAGAAACUGUUCAGUCACCGGUACAGCGUUCCGGAGCAGGAGUAUAAGGGCAUCUUCGACAACCUUUUCGAUGAUAACGAGGUGUUCAACGUUGGACAGUUGAGGGCCAUGGCAAUCCAUCUUCCGGGCCAUACUCCCGACCAUCUAGGGUAUAAGAUUGGGGACAAUGUCUUCUGUGGUGACUCACUAUUCCAUGCAGACAUUGGCACCGCUCGCUGUGAUUUCCCCGGCGGCAGUGCAAAUAACCUCUUUCAGUCGGGACACAAGCUUCUUGGUUUGCCUGGCCAUGUUAAAAUCUGGACUGGCCAUGACUAUCCUCCUGAGGAUCGCAAGUCUCCCAUGUCUUGGAUGAGCGUUGAGGACCACAAGGCGGAGAAUAAACAUCUUAAAGCAGGCAUCACUGAAGAUGAGUUUGUAAAUGUGCGGAAAGAGCGCGAUGGGAAGUUGGCAGAACCAAAACUACUUCAUCAGUCUCUGCAGAUCAAUAUUCGAGCAGGACGGCUACCCAAGCCUACGGAUACUGGGCAUCGAAUGCUUCAUCUUCCGUUGAAACUUAAGGGGGUCGAAUGGUAA